CUCUUCAUUUGGAGGUAGUACAGGAAAAGUGUGAAGGCAGAGAUGAGUGUAUGGAGGACAGGGCUGAAGAUGGGACUGUUUGUAGUUCCUGUAACUUUUACAUUCACUGACGUAAUAGCAAGUCUCAGCCAGGUGGUGGGAGUUUCCAUGCAGCCAUUGUUAAAUCCAGACUAUGACAAAGGGAAAACUGACUGGGUGUUACAGAACAGAAUGGCAGUAGCAAACCAUAACCUGAAUAGAGGGGACAUUGUCACAUUUAUAACUCCAUAUGAUCCUAAGCAGUUAGCAGUGAAGAGAAUCAUUGGUUUACAGGGGGACUCGGUGAGAUCAAAGAAAGACAGACAUGUUAGAACCAUGGUGCCAGUAAACCAUGUUUGGGUUGAGGGAGACAACUCUGAAUACAGUCAUGAUAGCAACAACUAUGGACCAAUAUCAAUGAGUCUCAUUACAUCAAAAGCAACACAUGUUGUGUGGCCGCCAAGCAGAUGGCAAAAGCUGGACUCUGUUGAAAUAAAUUCAGACCGUGUAUUGAAAAAUAUACAUGACAGAACAUGUAAAAAUAGUCCUUUCUAACAGAAUUAAGAUAUGACUUGAAACACUUUAAAUUGAUACAUGAUAAUGUAGUUAGUGCAAUAUUAGUGCAGAAAUGUUGCAAAUCUUGUGUGGAAAUUUUAAGUUAGAGAACACAAAAAAUGUAUCGGAUAAUGUUAGCGAUCCAAGCAUUAGUUUUUAUGCCAUUAGGAAGCAAUAUUAGAACAUGGAAAAAGGUUUAAAGAACUUUUAUGUGAAAACAGUGACAAUGAAAAUAUUAUUUUAUAAAACUAAUGUGGAUCCACUUGUGCGCCACUGUCAUAAUGGGAAGCUUUUUUGCUAGUGUCAUAAUAGGAAGCUAUGUGCCUGUGUCUUAAAAGGAAGCUAUGUGCCUGUGUCUUAAAAGGAAGCUAUAUGCUUCUGUUGUAAUUGGUAGCUAUGUGCCUGUGUCUUAAAAGGAAGCUAUUUGCCUGUGCUGUGUUGCAAACUUGACAAAUUUUCCUAAUACAGCUGUUGUUGAAACUUGAAACGUUCAGAUGAAAACAUUUAAGUGUCUUUGGUAACAUCUUGUAAAGUGCACAUACCCUAUGGUCAUUAAGUUUGACUGUACAUAGCUUGUAAAAUGCAAUUGGCUUUUAAAUGUUUAAAAAUGUCUUUCUUUUCCAAUGUUCAUCCAAUUGUCUUAAAAGCCACCAAGCCAUUUUAAGGAUUUGUUGAAUCUGUACAACUUAUGAUGGCUCUGCAAGCUGUCAAUUUACAAAAUAAACCUGUUUCUUGUAAUGUGAUUUUUCCUAAUAUUUUGUUCUCAAAGGGCUAAAAUGUUUUGGACAGCAUGUUUUUCAUACAUAAAUAGGGUUACACAGUAAGAAAUACAUAAAUGGUUCAAUUUAGUACGAAAAUCUGUAGAAAUGACUAUGUUAUUAAAAAAAUAGAAGAUUUUUUAAGUAUGUGUAGGUUACUAACCGAGUAGGAGGUGUUCAUGAAUUGAAAAUACCCGCGCUCGUGUGAAUCGUGACACCGAGAGAGUGAAGCGCUCGAGGUGUUAUCACACGACCACGGGUAUUUUCAAUUCAUGAACACUGAUCUGAGAUGUAAGUAACUGACCUGCACAACGUCAUUUUAAGUUAGUUUUGAUUAAUUUCUUUAUUAAUAAGUUUUUCCUUCCCCCAGCCAGAAAAAAUGAUUGUGGGAAUUACUUCAACUUCAGCAGGUAAAUUGAAAUACGUAAAAUGAUAUUUAGAAAGUUUAUGAAAGUUCUGCUUAAUACGCGAAAGUAAAUGCAUUUUUGUUAUUGUAAGUAUUGACCUGGCACUCAUUAAUCUUCGCCAAUAUUUUCGGACGUUUUCGUUAUUUUACGCGAUAUUUGUGUCCUGAAAAUAUCUAGAUUAAUCAAAAUAACCAAAUUAGUUAGCCAAUGGCACAGUGGUGUAGUGAUAAGUUUUCUGAUUUGGAAUUUAGUUCUAACUUUUUUUAUAUAAUUCUGUGUGUUUGCAUUUGUAUCUAUAUUACAUUAUUUUAUGAAACAUUUCAUUUUUGUUGUUAACAACAGUUCUUUGAAUUGUCUGUUGAAUGAAUGAAUACUUGUCUGGUCCUGAAGAUUUUAGAUGACAUUUUGUAGAACAAUUACUGACAUGUACGUAGAAGAAUGUUAAUGGAUAUUAGAGUAUUUUGUUGAUAAAUCAUGAUAAGUGUGACAACUCUGUGAAUUUUACCGUUAAAAUUUAAGAAAAUGGUCAGACAGAGGACUCAAACAUACAACCCUGAGAUUAGUGGCGGAACGCUUUGUCCGCUUAGCUAUAUCUGCACAUGAUACAUGGAGGUAUAUAACUUAUAUCGUUGUUUAGGUUCAGACACUGAAAAUUAAUUCACGGAUACAUAUGGAAUAUUCAUUAGUGCCAUGUUAAUACUUAUGGACAAUUGUGCGUAAGUACAUGUAUUGACAGGCACUAUCUUCGCCAAUAUUUCUGGGGGUUUCCAUUUUUUACGAAAUAUUUGUAUCCUAAAAUAACCAAUAUAAAUAACCUACGGCACGGUGGUCUGACUGCCACGCACGUUACCACGAGUUCAAAAUCACCUCACACCAAUUUUAUUUUUUGUUUAAAUCAAUGUAAUGUUAUCAAUGUUACUUUUAUUCUUACCAUAUCUACAAAUUCUAAUUGUUUUCUCUUGUAGUAAUCAUUUUCUGGAAAUGCUGGUGACAAGUACUUUGUCUUUCAUCUAAGAUACUUUUAAAGAUGUUUUAUUCAACAUUUUCCAUAACGGUUAUUCUUUCCAGAAAUAGACCAUAAGGUUUGAUCAGAUAAGUAUGGCAAUAUUUCUACCGGUUAAGUUUGCCUAUUAUAACAUUUCGGGGGAAAUGGUCCUAUGCAGGAGUUGAACCAAAAAUACCAAUUGGAAGCUAAACGUUUUGUCCGCACAGCAAUUUGCACAUGUGAGAUUGUGAAAAUUAUAAAGAAAUAUAUACACAAUUUUUAUAUCGCUAUUUAGCUUUCAGACACUGAGAAUUAAUUUACGGAAUAUAGGGAUUAUUCAUGAGUGCCAGGUCAAUACUUACGGACAAUAACAUGGUAAUAAAUAAACAUUACAGUUUGAACUCAUCUAACAUUCUUUUCACAUGCUUAUAUAAGUAUGGUAUGAUACCUGUGCACGUGCGCAGGUAUGGUAUGAUGCUUGUGCACGUGCGCAGGUAUGGUAUGCAGGUAUUCAUUUUGGUUACUAACCAGCAGAGAACAAUAGAACCGUUGUGUAAUUAGAGUUACGGCUCAAGUUAGGCAGUGAUCUAUUGUGAGUUGUGCUGUUUUUGAUUAUUCAUUAAAGAUAAUAAUGAAGAAAUUUUUAUUAAAAUACAACACUCAAGA